AUGGUCACUGUCCCUACAGAAUAUCUAUCCCAUGAAGCCAUCAAAAAGAAAUCCUAUACCAACCUUGUAGAGGCUUGUCAGAAAGCUGAAGCAGCAGGCCAAGAAGCAGACUUACAAGAAUCACUUCGAAAUUUUGUCCGCCAACAAUGCAAUGGCCGCACCCCCUAUUCAUGGCAAGUGGACGCUGCUGAGGCCUUUACUUUGGGACUCGACUGCACCAUUAUUGCUGGCACAGGAUCUGGAAAGACUUUGGCUUAUGCCAUGCCAUCCUUCAUACAGAAGGAUGGCAUGACAGUCGUUAUAUCGCCGUUGAAAACUAUAGAAGAGGAACAGGCCGAUCAGUUUCGUGCAUGGGGCAUACAGUCAGUUGCAGUAAAUGGAGACACAUAUAAUCAAGACUUACACAAUGAGCUCGAGGACCUUAAAUAUCAAAUAUUGUUAGCAUCACCAGAAUUGACAAUUGAAAACCCCCAAUUCAAUGCAUUGUUGUGCUCACCUGCUUUUCAGAAACGUGUACUUGGAUACAUAGUUGAUGAAGCCCACUGUAUCUCACAGUGGGGAGGUGACUUUUGGCCAGUGUAUGCUAAAUUAGAUAGGCUCCGUUCAUUUGUGCCUCUAGGCACACCUAUAUAUGCAACGUCAGCUACAAUGUCCCCUGCUGUCUUGGCCGAGGUUCAAAAAACACUGCACAUUAGCACAUCAAAAUCCUUUCAUUUGAACUUGGGAAACAACCGACCUAAUGUAACGCAGGAGCUUUGCAUCAUCGCUGGCUCCACAGACUAUUCGGCCCUUGAUUUCAUUGUCAAAGAUGCACAGGCUGCCAAUGAAAUACCACGGGCACUCAUCUUUGUUAACACUGUUAGUCAGUCCCAGGCUGGCUUUCGGAGACUCCAUGGAAUUGUAUCUGACCAACUAAAGAGUCAAAUCAGUUAUUUGAAUGCCAGGCGCUCGCCACGCACCAGGAAAACUGUCUUGCGUGACUUUUGUGAAGGAAAAAUAAGGGUUAUGUUUGUGACCAAAAUAGGUGGCAUGGGACUCGACAUACCAGAUGUCGAGGUGGUGAUCCAAUUUGGAGUCCCAUCAUCACUGUCAGUAUGGCUCCAAAGAGCAGGCCGAGCUGUCCGCAACUUCAGUCUUCAAGGACGUGCUAUAAUGAUGGUUGAAGUGUCAGUGCUUCAACGCGUUAGUAAAAAAAAGAAAGGCAGAACUGGAGAAGAGAACUUAGAGUCAGAAGAUGAGCUUGAAGACUCAGACCACGAGAUUGGAAUACAGAAAGAUCCAACGUACUGCAAGAAAAUAGAAGAGCCUCUUCGAGCCUGGAUUGAAACCACAGGUUGUCGGCGUGAUAUUGCAGAUGCAUUUUACAAUAAUCCACCCAGCCGUACACCACCUACCGGCGUCUGCUGUGACAACUGCGACAGAACUGCGACGGGCCUUAUGCCCUCCAAUAUUAUUUUACCUCCACUCAGUCCUGCUCACACAUCCUCCAAAACUAGCGACAAGGAGCAGGAAGACACACCUACCCAUGAACAGAAUGCAAUGGGCAAGCGUGUGAUGAAAACUGCUGAUCAGAAUUCCCCACUCACUCAACGCACAGGCCAACAUCUCCAAACCAUCAAGGAUGCUCUGGACCAUUGGCGUGUGACGAUCCGCCAGCGUGACUAUCCCCACUGCUCAUUUACUGGCCUCGCCCUUCUCCCCGAUCUCACUCCAAAAUCAAUAGCCUCUAAUUUUGAUGUAUAUGGUGGUGAGGUUCUGGACUUGGUGAGGCAGUUGGACGACAAAGUGCGAGAGUCUUGUGAAGGGGCCAAAGUCGAGAAACGCCAAGCAAAGAAGCUUGCAAGGGAGGCCGUGAAAGAGGAGAAGAAGGCUAUAGGAAGGGAGCUGAAAGUGCAGAAACGAAGCUCACACCGAGUCCGCAAUUCCAGCGCAAGUGGUAAAGAAAAUGUACCACUGCCUGGUACCUCAGAGUUCCAAGUAAAUGUCAACACACCCUUAGUCCCGCUAGACGCAACUCAAACUUUGUAUGCCACCUGGACCUUAACGCCUUCAUCCUCCACUGCUGUGCCGUUGUUUUCGCCUUUCACUCCCUCAUUUUUUGCCAGUUCUUUUCAGCCCAAUACGGAGACCUACAAGGGCUAG